AUGGCUAUGAAUCGUGAGACCACCCGAAGCAUUCCGGUUGUUCGGCGGACCGGAAAGAUUGCUCUGGAGGAAGCUAUGGGAAGUCCUCUAUUCGCCGCACAUCAGAAUUAUCCACCUCGUCCAGUAAUCAAAGAUCUGGAUGGACUGCCGUUUAGUACCGAAUUCCUCGCAGAUGUCGAGAGCAGAUUAGAUGAUGUCGAGCUUCGGCUCAAUCUGACAUCACCUGGGAUUGAAGGAGUCAGUGGUACAGAAACAGCCAUCUACUUUGCUCGCGAGACCAACAACGCAAUCUAUAACAAAUACGUGCGAACUUAUCCGGACCGCUUUGGCUUUUUUGCGUGCGUUGCAAUGCAUGAUCCAGAGGAAGCUGCCAAAGAGCUUGAAAGAGCUGUGUCACAAUUAGGCGCUAAAGGCGCUCUGAUCAAUGGUUUUACCAACUUGGACGACCGCGACGAGAAAAAAUUACGGUAUCUUGAUGCGCCAGAGUGCGAACCGUUCUUGAAAAUGCUUCAUCAGCUUCAAGUUCCACUCUAUAUCCAUCCACGAUUGCUUCCAGUUCAUCAGCAAGUUCUGUACAGCCAAUAUCCCAAUCUUGUCUCCGCAUCUUAUGGCUUUGGUGCGGAGUGCGCAGGCCAUGCUCUUCGAAUUAUGUGCUCUGGAAUCCUUGACAAGUAUCCUGUAACGAUUAUACUGGGUCUCUGUGCCGAAGCACUUCCCUUCAUUAUUCAUCGAGCGGAUCAGCGAAUGAAAAUUGGCACUCCAGGUACCAAUGGUGCACAUAACCAUUCUUUGAUGCACUACUCCCAGAAUCAUUUCCAUGCCACAUUGGCCGGUGUUCGUCGCUACAGCACAAUGAAAAACACAAUUGAAGGGCUUGGCGAAUCACGAAGCAACGAGGAUGCAGUAGAUUGGUUCGAUGGACUCGAAGUUAAUGAAAGCACCCGAAUGGCUAUUGCUGCUGGAAACGCCACACGGCUCUUUGGCUUGCCUACCAUGGCCGACUGAUCUUUGGCACAGGAGCAGUAACAGCGAUGCUUUCCUUGCUCUUGCCCUGGUCUCGUCCCAUCUCAAUACGUCCUGGUUAGAUGCCUGUACAUGAUUAGUAUGAUGUGAGAAAUGCUACAUCAGUCCUCAUCUGUGAGCGUCACUACAUAAGAUUAACUGAGUUCCCUUAGGUUAUGAGGAGAGAAUUUCAUUGGAUAGCCAACAUAUAUAUGAU